CGGAAGGAGGAGGCCCAUCCCGGCUUCUGCUUUAGUUGCUGUACAGGUUGUUGUCGGCAUCCCAGAUUUCCUGCUCCGAGAGGCGCCGGGUCCCUCUGCCUCAAGUUCUGUCGCCCUGUUGCCUGCGCUGUGACCUGCUCUAUUCACGGGAGCCCUAAAGAGGACCCCAGGACACCCAGAAGCCCGGAGAUGAUGUUUCAGGAUUCAGUGGCCUUUGAGGAUGUAGCUGUGAACUUCACCCAGGAGGAGUGGGCUUUGCUGGAUCCUUCACAGAAAAAUCUCUACAGGGAUGUGAUGCAGGAAACCUUCAAGAACCUGGCCUCUGUAGGAAAAACAUGGGAAGUCCAAAACAUCGAAGAUGAGUACAAAAAUUCCAGGAGAAAUCUAAGAGAGAAACUCUUUGAAAGUAAAGAAAGUAAUCACUGUAGAGAAAGCUUCAACCGGAUUGCAGAUGACAUGCUGAACAAGAAAACUCUUCCUGGAGUAACAUCAUGUGCAAGCAGUGUGUGUAGAGAAGUUGGCCUGGGUCAUUCAUCUCUUAACAGGCAUAUCAGAGCUGACACUGGACACAAGUUGUAUAGGUAUCAGGAAUAUGAAGAGAAUCCAUAUAGAAAUAAGCAAUGUAAGCAAGUCUUCAGUUAUCUUGACUCCUUUCAAUCACAUGAUAGAGCUUGCACUAAAGAGAAAUGUGAAGAAACCUUCAUUUCCCAUUCAUGCAUUCAAAGACACAGGGUAGUGCACAGUGGAGAUGUGUCUUAUAAAUGUAAGUACUGUGGGAAAGCCUUCUAUUUUCUCAGUUUAUGCCUUAUCCAUGAACGAAUUCACAGUAGUGUGAAACCAUAUGAGUGUAAACAAUGUGGUAAAGCCUUUACUCGUUCUUCUACCCUUCAAAUCCAUGAAAGAACUCACACAGGAGUGAAAGCCUAUGAAUGUAAGAAAUGUGGGAACACAUUCAGUUUUCCUAGUGAAAUUUGUAGACAUAAAAGGUCUCACACUGGAGAAAAACGCUAUGAGUGUAAGCAAUGUGGGAAAGUCUUCAUUUCUUUCAGUUCCAUUCAAUAUCAUAAAAUGACUCACACUGGGGAGAAACCCUAUGAAUGUAAGCAGUGUGGGAAAGCCUUUAGAUGUGGCUCACACCUUCAAAAGCAUGGAAGGAGUCACACUGGAGAGAAACCUUAUGAAUGCAGGCAAUGUGGUAAAGCCUUCAGAUGUACCUCGGACCUUCAACGGCAUGGAAAGACACACACUGAAGAUAAACCCUAUGGUUGUAAGCAGUGUGGGAAAGGCUUUCCAUGUGCCUCACAACUUCAAAUGCAUGAAAGGACACACGGUGGAGAGAAACCCCAUGAAUGUAAGGAAUGUGGAAAAGUAUUCAAGUAUUUUUCUUCCUUGCGUAUACAUGAAAGGAUGCACACUGGAGAGAAGCCCCAUGAAUGUAAGCAGUGCGGAAAAGCAUUCAGGUAUUUCUCUUCUUUGCAUAUACAUGAAAGGACACACACUGGAGAUAAGCCAUAUGAGUGUAAGGUAUGUGGCAAAGCCUUCACUUGUUCCAGUUCCAUUCGAUAUCAUGAAAGGACUCACACUGGAGAGAAACCCUAUGAAUGUAAGCACUGUGGUAAGGCCUUUAUUUCCAAUUACAUUCGAUAUCAUGAAAGGACUCACACUGGAGAGAAACCCUAUCAAUGCAAGCAAUGUGGCAAAGCCUUUAUUCGUGCCAGUUCAUGUCGAGAACAUGAAAGAACAACUCAUACCAUUAAUGUAUGAGAAAUCCUAUUAGUUUUAGAAAUAGGAGCAUUCUUUUGUCCCACUUCCUUCGAAAGAUGAGAAGAGAGAGUGGUGAAAGAACUUCUGGAUAAUUGCCUUUUGAGUUGAGAGACCUGAAAAAGGACAAUAAAAUCCAGAAGGACUUGGAUGGUUCUGUAAUAUAAUUCAACUAUAGCCAAUCUUGUAUGAGAUUUCAAAGGCACAGAAAAGGCAUCAGUCACAUAUUAGAGGCACCACACAGGGAGAGAGGUAUGUGGCUACCUGCUUCCAGCCCAUUUUCCUGUCCUUUUUUUUUUUUUUGAGACAGAGUUUCGCU